UUUUUUUCAUCCACAUUUAAUGUUCUAUGCAUAUAUCCAAACAUUUGAUGUGACGGAGUCGGAAAAGUUGGAACUUUAACGAAAAUUUUUUUAAUCUAAACACGCCCUAUAUACGUAUUUUUUUGGGAAGAGGGCGACGCAGAGAGGAGGAUUCCGUGUACAGUGUGGCGACGCACGCGACGCCAAUGGCCGCCGCCGCCGCCGCCGCCGUGGGCGCCCGCGGCGGCAUCCGGCGCCGGCCGAACCUGUCCCUCCUGGCCGACCGCUGCGCGACCCCGCGCGCGCUCGCCGCCGUCCACGCGGCCAUGCUCGUCUCCGGCCGCCUCGCCGACGACGCCUUCGCGGCGUCCCGCCUCCUCGCCGCCCACGCCGCGCUCUCCCCUCCGGGAGCCGUGCUCCGCCUCCUCGCCUCCCUCCCCUGCGCCCCAAACUCCUUCAUGCUCAACAUCACGCUCCGCGCCCUCGCCUCCUCCCCCGACCCGGCCUCCGCCCUCCGCUUCUUCUCCCUCCUCCGCCGCGGCAGCGGCGGCGGCGGCGGCUCGUACUCUCCCGGCAGGCACACCUUCACUUUCCUCCUCAAGGCAUCCGCCCGCCUCCCCCUCCGCGCCUCCGAGCAGCUCCACGCGCUCGCCGUCAGGCACGGGCUGGAGCGCGACGCCUACGUCGCCAACGGCCUCGUCCGGGCGUACUCGCUCGCGGGCCUCGUCCCCCUCGCGCGCAGGGUGUUCGACGGAUUGCCCGAGCGGAGCGCGGUGGUGUGCACCACCAUGGUGUCCGGGUACGCGCAAAACGGGAUGCACGAGGACGCCAUGCGGUCGUUCGAGGAGAUGGUCGGCGACGGGAUCGAGCCCCACGGCGCAGCGCUGGCGUCCGUGCUGUCGUCGUGCGCGCGGUCGGGGUCGCGCGGGCUCGAGAUGGGGCGGCGCGUGCACGAGCUCAUGGAGUCGAGGCGGGUGACGGCGCCCGUGGUGGGGGCCAUCCUCGGGACGGCGCUGGUCGACAUGUACGCCAAGACCGGCGCCAUGGAGGAGGCGACGGCGGUGUUUGACCGGAUGCCCGAGCGGCAAACGGCGACGUGGAACGCCCUGAUCACCGGGCUGGCGCACCACGGCCACGGCGAGGUCGCCCUUGCUACGUUCCACCGGAUGAGGCGGGACGGCGUGCCGCCGAACGGUGCCACGCUCGUCGGCGUCCUGUCGGCCUACGGCUGCACGGGGCGUCUCGACGAGGCCCGCCGCGUGUUCGCGUCCAUGGAGAAGGACUUCGCGGUGGCGCCGACCAUCCAGCACUACGGCUGCAUGGUCGACCUCCUCGGCCGGAGCGGCCUCCUCACGGAAGCCGAGGAGAUGAUCCGUGGCAUGACGACCUGCGACGCCGACACGGUGAUCUGGGGAGCCCUGCUGAACGCCUGCAAGAACCACGGCGACAUCGACGUCGCCGAGAGGGCGGUGCAGGAGAUGCUCAAGCUGGAUCCCGGCAACCAUGGCGUCUACGUGGUGCUCUCCAACAUGUACGCCGAGGCCGGGAGGUGGCAGGACGUGGACAGGCUGAGGAAGGUGAUGAAGCGGGCGCGGCUUUCCAAGAUCCCCGGCUCCAGCACGGUGGCCGGCGACGACAGCUGACGUCGGCAUUGGAAGAAUAAACGACAAUUUCAUAGCAUGUCAGAACUGAUCAGCAUUUGGCAAUUUCAUAGUAGCUGAUUUUCUGUUCAUGAACAGAGGAUUGUUGACAAGGCUGACAUCAUAUCGGAAAAGUUUGACAAGUUAAGUAAGGAAAUGAGGAUUCAUUGAACACCAUUCACCAGAGGUUGCAAGUUGAUUUUACCCACUCGUUGAUUCUGUUGUUACAUCCAUGGGGUAAAAUAUGACAGAUUAACACCAGCUUUGACAUUGGAUGCUAGCAAUUCUAAUUCAUUGUGGUGAUGCCCAGAUGAGUUGUUUACAGUGGGACAAGUUCAGCAUGACAAUAGGAGGCCAUUGCUCUACAUGCCAUCAAAAAUUCCCUUCCCUGGAAUCAACAAAAGGGAGGGGGCUAUACACUCAGAGGUCAGAACCAUUGACUCAAUCAUGAUUGUUCAACCAGUAUGGCCACUACUAGCAGAGCAGGCUGUAUGACGGCAUGUCUUCGAUCCGCAUCACAUCAUCCAGCAGAAGCUCCCUCUCCAGCUGUGUCCGUGUCGACUUCAGUAUCUCCUGAAUCACAACAGAAUCGCAAGAUCGGUCAAAACAAUGCAAUCUGAUGAGUUACGGAGAAAAUAUGGCAUGUACAUUGACAGGAAAAUUACAUUGAAGUCCAUGUAGGAGGCGUUCUUGUCGAGCCACUGCUUGUCCAUAACAACGAACGCGACGCAGUAGAGGAGAUCAAAUGCCCACUCAUCCUCUGGGGGAACAAAGCAAGGACAAAUUCGUUUCAAAA